AUGUACACUACUGCCUCCGUCUUUUUCAAGACCCUCACAGAUGCGGGAAUCACCCACGCCUUCGUGAACUGGGGUAGCGACCAUUCCGCGUUCCUGGAGGAUCUGCACCGGCAACGUACCGAGCUCGGGAAGACGGUCGUCGAGAUCGUGACCUGCCCGAGCGAGUAUGUCGCGCUCACUGCCGCGCACGGAUAUGCGCAGGUCACUGGCAAUCCCGCGGUGGUGAUCGUCCACGUCGAUGUCGGAACACAGGCACUGGCGGGCGCCGUUCACAACGUCGAUAGGGGCCAGGCUCCUGUCUUAAUAUUCGCGGGAUCUUCGCCAUUCAGUGCCAAUGGCGAACUGCGGGGCACCAAGAACGAAUUCAUAAUGUGGAUCCAAGAUGUCCCAGAUCAACCUGCUAUCGUACGGCAGUAUAUGCGCUAUGUGGGCCAGAUUCAUAGCGGGAAGAACGCAUCGAAGGUGAUCAUGCGAGCUCUACAAAUCGCCACGAGCCAGCCCAAAGGGCCAGUAUACCUCUGGGCGCGGCGCGAGGUUACAGACGAGGAUGUUGAUGAGGCGACCAUGAACGCGAUCGUCCCGCUGCAGAAGUGGCCAUCGGUUGCACCUCCGGCGCUCACACCGUACGCGGUCGAGACUAUCGUUGCCGCGCUCACCCAGGCAGACUAUCCGCUCAUCGUCACCGCGAAUGCAGGCCGGAACCCCGCCGCAGUGCCCCUCCUCGCCGAGCUCUCCAACGCCCUCGCGGCCGGUGUCAUCUCCUGCGCUCCGUCCUCGCUCGCGCUCCCGUCAAGCCACCCCUACCAUCUCGGCUACUUCUUCGGCGGGAAGCUGCCCUACCUGCCCGACGCGGAUGUCGUCAUCCUGCUCGACGUCGACGUGCCGUGGGUCGACGUGAACGACAACGCGCCGCGCGAGGGCGCGCGCGUCUUCGUCAUCGACACGGACCCGCUCAAACGCACCUUCGGCUGGUCGCACGUCGACGCCGAGAUGCUCUGCACAGCCGAUGCCGCAACCGCCCUCCUCCAGCUGAUAGAGGCCGUCCGCGCCUCUGACGCGCACGCCUUCAGUGCCAAGCUACAGGCGCGCAAGCAGCUCCUCGAUGCAUCCCGUGCGACAUGGCGCGCGCAGCUGUCGCACGCAGAGACACUCCUGGCGCCCGAUAGAGUCAAGCCCAGCGUGCCGUUCCUGCUCUCCGCGCUGCGCACGGCUGUGUCUGCGGGGACGCCGAGCGCCGGGAAGAAGGUGCUGUGGCUGAACGAGGCGGCGAGCGCGUCGGGGCUGAUCUGGAACCAUAUUGGGGCGGACACGCCCGGGAGCAUGUUCAUGUCUGGCGGGACGAGCCUCGGGUGGGUGUUGGGGGCGAGCGUGGGGGCGUCGAUUGGCGCGAAGGUCGCGGGCACGGGCGUCGAGCUUGUGGUGUCUCUUACUGGCGACGGCAACUAUCUCUUCGGGGCGCCUGCGGCGACCUUUUGGGUGGCGAGACGGUAUGAUACACCGUUCCUCAUGGUCAUCCUGAACAAUCGCGGGUGGUUUAGCCCGAAGUAUUCGAUGCGAGCUAUGCAUCCCACGGGACUUGGAAGCGCGGUCUCGGGCGAGAAGCUGACCGUCGGGUUCGGAGAGGAACAUAACGCGGACUAUGCGGGAGUCGCCGCGGCUGCUGGUGGCGCAUGGGCACGGCAGGUCGCGCGUGCAGACGAGCUACGGGGUGCAUUCGAAGAGGCGAUUAAGGUCGUCAUGGAGGAACGAAGGUGUGCGGUGAUUGACUGCAUCAUCGAGUCGAUCUAG